GCACUCCGGCAGCUAGUGACGCCGAACGGACGAUCGUCACGUGACACGGAAGUGACUCCGAACAGGAAGAGGACGAGAAAAAUAACUGUCUGCGACGCGGAGUCGAAGCGGACCCGCAGCCACCAUGAACAGCAAAGGCAAUUUCCAACACAGCCUACCUACCCUGUGCAACCUCCUGGGAAUCCAGUAUAUCCUCAGACCUUGCAUCUUCCUCAGGCUCCACCCUAUACAGAUGCUCCACCAGCAUACUCAGAGCUCUAUCGCCCAAGCUUUGUUCAUCCAGGGGCUGCCACAGUCCCCACCAUGUCAGCUGCAUUUCCUGGCGCCUCUCUGUAUCUGCCUAUGGCCCAGUCUGUGGCUGUUGGGCCUUUAGGCUCCACAAUCCCCAUGGCUUAUUACCCAGUUGGUCCCAUCUAUCCACCUGGCUCAGCAGUGCUGGUGGAAGGAGGGUAUGAUGCAGGUGCCAGAUUUGGAGCUGGUGCUACCGCUGGCAACAUUCCUCCUCCGCCUCCUGGAUGCCCUCCUAAUGCUGCUCAACUUGCAGUCAUGCAGGGAGCCAAUGUCCUUGUAACUCAGCGGAAGGGAAACUUCUUCAUGGGUGGCUCAGAUGGUGGCUACACCAUCUGGUGAGACAGCACGGCCACCUCUGCCGGGAAAGACAUCACAUACUUCAGCACUUCUCACGAUGUAACUGCUUUAGUCAUAUUAACCUGAAGUUGCAGUUUAGACACAUGUUGUUGGGGUGUCUUUCUGGUGCCCAAACUUUGAGGCACUUUUCAAAUUUAAUAAGAAACCAUGUAAGGGUAGCAGUACCUCCCCAAAGCAUUUUGAGGUAGGGGAGGUCUCCAUUCAUCAAAUGAAUGUGGAUGAAGCAGUCCUAAGGAUCUUCCUUUAAUUCCUCCGGAGUAAUACUGUACCAUACUGGUCUUUGCUUUUAGAAAUAAAACAUCAAAUUAGGUUUGGAGGGAACUUUGAUCUUCCUAAGAAUUAAAGUUGCCAAAUUAUUCUGAUUGGUCUUUAAUCUCCUUUAAGUCUUUGGUUUAUAUUACUCGUUAAAUGAAACACGUUAGUUGUCUGCCUUUUCCUUUUGGUCUUCUGCCCCCUGUGCCCCCGUCCCUAGUCUUCCAUCCCCUCCCACCAGUCUCCAUUGAAUCAGUGGUGCAGCAGAAAGCCAGUCAGACAGACUUCCUUCUCUCCCUGCGCUUGUCCUACUUGCCAUUUUCAGACUCUUUGACAAGGAUCCUCUGCCCCCAUGCCCUAAGCACAGACCUAGUUUCUUCAGCUUUUGUAUUUCUUCAGUCCAAAGUGAAGGGUGUGUUUGGACCCUCCUCAUAGAUGUCUCUGCAUCACCAAUCUAACCCACGUUUCCUUUGGUGCCAGAAAAACAGAACUUUAAACAAAAGAUUUCAGUGUAAACGGUUCCAUAAACGUUUCUUUAAAUUAUGAUGGGCAGGGAAGAACGUGCAUGACAAAGGCUAGCUUUAGAGCCAAAAGAACAGGCGUUUUCAGAUCAAAAAUUACCAUUUUCUGAGUGUCUGAUACAGCCACUCAGGGCUUCCAAGAAUUCCUAACUGGGUUAAUAGGGUCAUGCUGUAAAUGUCUCACUAGAAAAUGACUUGAGUCCAGUGAAAUCUCCUUAGGAUUAAUAUUUCAGGGAUCCUUAAUAUUUUGACUUUUGUUUUCUGAAAUUGGAUUUUAUUUUAGCUUAUAAUUUCAGUUCAUCUAAAUCUUGUGUCCUGUACAUGUGAUGUUUGACUGUACCAUUGACUGUUAUGGAAGUUCAACGUUGUAUGUCUUUCUCUACACUGUGGUGCACUUAACUUGUGGAUUUUUUAUACUAAAAAUGUAGAAUAAAGACUAUUUUGAAGAUUUGAAUAAAGUGAUGAAGUUGCAUUACACCUCA